CGGUCACUACUCCUGUUGUCAAGAGCUUUGAGGAGUUAUUUUUGUUUCCUGUGGUGGUUUCAGCUGUGUGAAAAUCGCCUGUUUAACCCUUCGAUGGCUGAUGACCACUAUCGAGCCGUGUGUCGGGCUUUGUUUGACGAGUCCGUAGAGCUGCGCAAAUCCUGGAGCAACAUAAAACGUGCAAAGAAGGCACUGAUGAAGCUGCUGGAGGAUAAUCCACCAGAUCGAAUCAUCCCUGAAGCGACUAUUUACUGGAGUCCAAUGUGGAUGCAGCUGAUGGCUGAGGUGAAACACGGUGUGAAGUUAAAGAAAGAACAUAAACAUCACUACAAUCCUCUUCCAAUGAAGACCGAGCUCUCACCAAUCAAGAACAUGCUGGAUGACCUCAGACACAGGAGAUAUACCCUGCGGAAGGUUCCGGUCACUGACAAGAAACCAAAGAGCCCACUUGACCAGCUGGACUUUGCACACUUAAGGUCCUUGUUGAAGCCGGCAUCCACAAGGAAACUGAAAGCCCAGCCACCGCCCACCCCUUGUCUCCACGAGAUGCUGAUGAAGGAAAUCCAAACGGCGAGAACACUGCGUUCGGUCUCCCCGGGAGAGGACUCAUCUGCAAGGGAGCUUUCGGUCAGGAAAAGACAGCUGUGUGAGACCUCGACAGACAGCCAAUGUGUCCAGUCUUCAACAUCUGUGAAAAGGCCGAGAACGGACUCACAACUUCAGGCGGAUCCCAGUGACUCUGAGCAAAGCUGGGAGACGGGAGAGAGAAGGGUGUUUUUUGGGCCGGACAGCAGCACAGAUGUUUCGAAAGAACACUUUUGCUCGGCGGUGUCAACUUACGUGAAUGUGAAGGAGCUCGUAUGGCAUUCAGUCAACCAAUGCAAACCACAUUAUCCUCUACAGAUAAUGAGGCCUUUUGGCAGCUUCUAUGAACUUGUAGAAAAUGAGGAUUUUCAUUAUUCUUCAACACUUCUGGUCCAAGAGCUGGUGUGUGUCUGUCAGACGUUGGCAAAGCGAAAAAUGAUAACCUGCAAAACUGUGAAGGACAAGUUCUGUUUCUGUUGCCAAAGGGAGCUUUUCUUCACCUGGGCUCUCCCCUGCCACCUCUGUAAAAAGGUGAGAUUUGCCUUUCUGUUUUGGUGGUGUUCAUCUAGUAAGUGCAAGACUGGUCUACAGAACUGAAAUGCUGUUUG